CUGUCAGGAGUUUUUACAGCAGCAUUGUGGCGUAGAAGAUUUAUCGGAGGUGAACCGCAUCGAUCUUUGCGUGAACUCGCUGACGCACAAUGUCGAGGUGCUUGGUUCUAUGUUGCCCAACCUGCUCCACCUCAAGCUGAGCGGCUCCUCCAUCAGCUACCUCCGGGAGCUGGGCACCGGGCUGAGGCGGCUGGAGGUUUUAUGGCUUAGCUGCUGUGGUCUGCAGGACAUCAGUGGCAUCGCCGGCACGAUGCCGGAGUUGCGCGAGCUGUUCUUGCCCUUCAAUGACAUCUCGGACCUCUCGCCUCUCAGCGCGCACGAGGUGUUGGAGGUGGCCUCGCUGUGGAUGUGCACGGAGCUGCGCGACCUGACGCUGCGUUGCAAUCCUGUCUGCGAGGCAGAGUCGUUCUCCCGCAGCGCGGUCCUCGAGCUCUUGCCGCAGCUGGCGGUGCUGGACGACGAGGAGGGGCCCACUGGGGUGCAAGACGCGGCGUUGGACUUCGUCUCGGCGUCCGCAGCGGCCGUGGAGCCGCUCCAGACGGCGCACCUGGGCUUGGCGGCGGCGCUGGCAGAGGCGGCGGAGCUGCCGGCCGUCCAGUCCUUCUCCGAGGAGCCGAGCGAGCUCGCGCUCCUGCUGGAGAGGCUGAAGGAGGCCCCGCCUGGCAGCCAGGCCUUCAGCUCGUGGCUGCGGCCGCUGGAUCGCCAGAGCCCCAGCCACGCUGCGGAUGCGUCCGGCUGCGACAGCGGCAAGUUCAGGUUCGAGAACUCGAUGAACCUGCAGGGGUCCUGCGAGUCCUCGAGCACGCUGACGUGCGGCAGCCUGCUGUCGGGCAACGCCGUGCACGCGGCCCGGCAGCGCCGGCGGCACGCCCCCGCGGCCAGCCGGGAGGGCGAGCUGGACAUCCGGUCGCUGCUGCGGCGGCACAGGGCGGAGGGCGGCGUCGGGGCCAGCCCGGCCAGCGCGCGGGGCCACGAGGCCGCCACGCCCAGCUCCGCGGCGGACGCCCCGGCGGAGCGCCCGCAGACGGCCCUGGCCAUGGAGGAGCUGCGCCAGCGAGCGCCGAGGGCGCCGCCGAGAGGCUCCGCGCGCCGCAGCCUCUCGGGCCCCGCGGGCGCGGGGGGCGCCGGCGACUGCGGCUCGGUGCAGGCGGGCGGCAGCGGCGGAGAUCCAGGACGGAACGUCCAUUUCGCCGACAGCCGCGUCCGAGAUUCAGAAGAGGCCAAGCUCAAGUUUGCCGUCGUCCCUGCCACUGUGCCCAAGGCGGGCGCCGUGCAGACUGCCGCGAUUCGGGCGAUUGUGAAGGCCAUCCUAGAGGAUGGGUCCGGCAGCGAGGCGGACGGGGGGCGCUCCCGUCAGCACCCGGGGCGGAUGGCCGCGCCGCGGGCCAACUGCCAUGCCGCCGUCCUGGACGGCAGGGUGUACCUCAUGGGCGGCUGGGCCGACGGCGGGUCGCUGCUGCUCGGCGACGAGGUCUUCGACGUGGCGCGGGGCACGUGGGACCCCCCGCGUGCCGCCCAUGCCGACAAGGCGCGCCCUGGGGGCCGCCGCAUGCACCGAGGGCGCGGUCUGCGUCAUGGCGGGGCUCGGCGCGGACGGCCUCCAGGUGGACCUGGUCGAGGGCUUCGAGCCGCGCGAGGGGCGGUGGAGGCCGCUGCCCCGCCUGGCGAGGCCGCGCUCGGGCUGCGGCGGCGUGGCCGUGGGCGGCAGGCUGUUCGUCAUCGGGGGCCUGAGCAAAGCGGGCGGCACCUGGCCGACGUCGAGAGGCUGGACCCUGGGGCAGAGUCCUGGGCCCGGUCCCCUCCGCUGCCAUCGCCAAUCGCGUCCUGCGCAGUAGCGGCAUGCAGAGGAAGGAUCUUCGUCUUUGGAGGCUGGGGUUCGACUCAGCCUCUUCCUACUGCAAGCUGCUUCGACCCAAGAAGCGACCGGUGGGAGGUGUUGCCACCGAUGCCAACUGCGCGUGCAGUCUGUCCGGCAGCCACCUCGAGAGGCCGCGUGUAUGUCAUUGGCGGGCGGUGCCGGGCUGGCCAGGCCACAAAUGCCGUGGAGUGUUACGACGUGUCCACGCGCUGCUGGACGGAGUGUCCCCGGCUGGCAGUCGCGCAGACUGGUUGUGUGGCAUUGGCUGCUCGAUGUUGA